AUGGAGGAAGCUAGUUUGUGCCUUGGUGUUUCUUCAGCUGUGCCAGAAGCUGAUGCCCAUCUCAACAGCACCAUACUCAAUGGGCAAUAUUCAAUGAGUCAGAAGCUGCACCAGAUCACUUCCCAGCUCAGCCAUGCCUUCCCAGAGCUCCAGAACAGGCAGAAUCCUGAGGAGAAGGCAUCAGUGCCACUAGAAGACAAAAGUCACAUGUCCAUAGCAAACCAGCCCAUCAGCAGCCAGAUGGCCCUGCUGGCAAACCAGCUCAACAGAGAGGUUGAUACCAGCUUGAACGGGCGUGUGGAUCUGCAGCAGUUCCUAAAUGGACAGAACCUAGGGAUUAUGUCUCAGAUGAGUGACAUCGAGGAUGACGCCAGGAAAAACAGAAAGUACCCCUGUCCCCUCUGUGGGAAACGCUUUCGAUUUAACAGCAUCCUGUCCCUACACAUGCGAACUCACACUGGAGAGAAACCAUUCAAGUGUCCCUACUGUGACCACAGAGCAGCUCAGAAAGGCAACCUGAAGAUACACCUGCGUACUCACAAGCUUGGAAACCUUGGCAAAGGUCGUGGAAGGGUGCGAGAAGAAAACAGACUUUUACAUGAGCUGGAGGAGAGAGCAAUUCUUCGGGACAAGCAGAUGAAGAGCAGCCUCUUGCAGCCACGACCCGAUGUGAAAGCACAGCAGCACGCCCAGCCGAUGCCGCUCGCAAACUGUAACUUGUCUGUGCCACCUAAUCACAACACACCUGAUAUUUCAAACCCUGUUCCCUCUCCAAAGCCAGUCAGUGUCCAGGAAGAAGUUGUUGCUCAGACAGCCGGGUUCAGGUGCACGUUUUGCAAAGGCAAGUUUAAGAAGCGAGAAGAGCUGGACAGGCACAUAAGGAUCCUACACAAGCCUUACAAGUGCACUCUGUGUGACUUUGCUGCCUCUCAGGAGGAGGAGCUGAUCAGCCACGUGGAGAAGGCUCACAUAACUGCAGAGUCAGCACAGGGCCAGGGCUCCAACGGGAAUGGGGAGCAAUCCACCAAUGAGUUUCGUUGCGAGGUGUGUGGUCAAGUGUUUAGCCAAGCCUGGUUCCUAAAAGGCCACAUGAGAAAGCACAAGGAUUCCUUUGAACACUGCUGUCAGAUCUGCGGGAGGCGAUUCAAAGAGCCUUGGUUUCUUAAAAACCACAUGAAAGUCCACCUGAAUAAGUUAUCUGUAAAGAACAAAUCUCCUAAUGAUCCUGAAGUACCUGUCUCCAUCAGCAGCAUGUCCCAGGAAGCUCACGCAAACUUGUAUUCGAGAUACCUGUCAUGUUUGCAGAGUGGUUUUCUUCCCCCUGACAAGGCAAGGUUGAGUGAACAAAAUCAAAUCUACAACAAAGGAGAUAUGCCCAUGAAAGAGAAAGAAGUCUUGGGGAAGCUCCUUUCGCCCAUUUCUGGCAUUGGCCACAGUAUUGCCGAAGGGGAUAAACAUUCUUUAUUGGGCUGUCUCAAUCUGGUGCCUCCUCUGAAAUCCAGCUGUAUAGAAAGGUUACAAGCUGCCGCCAAAGCAGCAGAGAUGGAUCCAGUAAACAGCUAUCAGGCCUGGCAGCUCAUGGCAAGGGGAAUGGCCAUGGAACAUGGCUUUUUGUCUAAAGAGCAGCAGAUACAGCGCAGCCACGAAGACACUUUGGCAAAUGCUGGAGUUAUGUUUGAUAAGGAGAAGCGAGAGUAUGUGUUAGUAGGAGCAGAUGGCUCUAAGCAGAAAAUGCCUGCUGAUUUGGUUCACAGCACUAAAAUGGGCAAUCAGAGAGACUUGCCAAGCAAACUAGACCCUUUAGAAGGCAGUAGAGAUUUUUUGUCACAUGGUAUGAACCAGGGACUCGAUUACAACUUACAAAGUCAUGGAAACAUAAAAGAAAAGCCAACUGAAUGCCCGGACUGCGGAAGGGUUUUUAGAACAUACCACCAAGUGGUCGUUCACUCCAGGGUCCACAAAAGAGACAGGAAAGGCGAAGAUGAAAUAAUUCAAGGUAGUCUCGAUGAGCGGCGUGGGUCUGGAAGUGAUCAAGAGUCUCAGUCUGUCAGCAGGUCGACAACGCCAGGGUCCUCUAACAUUACUGAAGAAAGCGGAGUAGGUGGGGGUCUCUCGCAGACAGGGAGUGCUCAGGAGGACAGCCCUCAUCCUUCCUCACCCUCCUCUUCAGACAUUGGAGAAGAAGCUGGGAGAUCUGUAGGAGUCCAGCAGCCAGCUUUACUGAGAGACAGGAGCCUUGGUUCUGCCAUGAAAGACUGCCCAUAUUGUGGAAAAACUUUCAGAACGUCCCACCACUUAAAGGUCCACUUGAGAAUACACACAGGUGAGAAGCCUUACAAGUGUCCACAUUGUGACUAUGCUGGUACUCAGUCUGCAUCCCUCAAAUACCACCUGGAACGGCACCAUCGGGAGCGACAGAACGGAGCAGGACCACUCUCUGGGCAGAGUGCAAGUCAGGAACACAAGGAUGAGACACCAAGUAAAAGUUCUGUGUUUAUUAGACCAGACAUUCUGAGAGGAGCCUUCAAGGGGCUUCCUGGUAUCGACUUCCGAAGUGGCAUGGUCUCCCAGCAGUGGACGUCAGGAAUGCUGUCUUCUGGAGAUCAGCAAGGACAAGCAGUUGGCCUGUCAUCUGAAGGAUCUUCAGAAAAUAUGAAGGGUUCAGACAUAUCUUCCAAAGGAACACACUUCUCUGAACUUGGCCGUGCUUACCAGAACAUGGUCGGGAAUGGUGUGAACUUCCAAGGGUCUUUGCAAGCUUUCAUGGACAGCUUUGUCCUAAGUUCUUUGAAGAAAGAAAAAGAAAUGAAGGAUAAAGCUCUCUCAGAUCCACUUUCAGCAAAAUCUCUGGGCUCAGACAGUGGUGAGGAGAAGAUAAAUAGCAAGUCCUCACAGCGGAAAACAGAAAAGUCGCAAUAUGAACCUCUGGACUUGUCGGUAAGGCCCGAUGCAGCCUCCCUGCCAGGUUCCUCUGUCACUGUACAAGACAACAUUGCUUGGCAUGGCUGCUUAUUUUGUUCCUUUACAACUUCAUCCAUGGAGCUAAUGGCUCUGCACCUCCAAGCCAAUCACUUGGGCAAGGCUAAACGUAAAGACAUCAUAGGCAACAGCAAAGAACAGUCUAGAGAAGUUUCAGCCUCGGCGAACAAAGUGAGCUUGCUCCCCUCCUCUGUGCAGUCCAGCAAGGAGGCAGGAGUUUCAAACAUGCUGAGCCAGCUGGACACAGCUUCUGAGAAAAUGACCCAAGGACAAAAUAAAGACACUCUGGGAGAGCAAAAGAGCACUGCCUGGCCCAGCCACAUGGAAUCCACUUUUUGUAAUUUUACAACAGACUUCUAUAAGCAGUUUGGUGUUUAUCCUGGUGUUAUUGGCACGGGAGCACAAAAUUCUUGCACCAGUAAUGAAUCCGAAAUAAAAACACAAUCCGAAGAUGACCCAAAUAUUCUGCUCUCUGACUCUGUAAAUAAAAGUGCUAUUGAUGACCUUUCUGACAUAGCUUCAUCUGAGGAUAUGGAAUCUUCCAAGGAAGAAAACAUUGAAGAUGAGGACAUUGACACAGAACCAGAUAUUAUGAAUAAGCAGUUGUCUGCCCUAAAUAAAGAAAGCAGCGAAGGAGGUGACAAUAUACAAAGUGCAGUCACCUCACAACCCACACAAGGGCUCGUAUCACCACUGCCACAAGCUUCAGAAAAGCAGUGGCACAGUCAGAAUCUUCUCUCCUCACACGAAACUGCACAAGAAGUGAUGAAACCCGAACAAGUUCAGGGUCCACAGGUCCUGGAGAAGCAGAUGAACAUGUUGUCAGUCCUAAGAGCUUACAGCUCUGAUGGCUUAGCAGCCUUUAAUGGACUUGCAAGUAGCACAGCAACUAGUGGAUGUAUCAAGAGACCUGACUUGUGUGGUCACCGGCCUUUCCAGUGCAGAUACUGCCCCUACAGUGCCUCUCAGAAAGGAAACCUGAAGACCCACGUGCUCUGUGUCCAUCGCAUGCCUUUCGACAACAGCCAGUACCCCGACCGCAGGUUCAAGCGCUCCAGAGUCGACUCCGAAGCUGCUGGCAAUUUGGAGGAGCCGGCGGCUGCCAAGGCAGGGAGCUCGGCAGAGCUGCCCGAGGAGGGCACCAAGGCCCAGGAGUGA